CCGUACCUUUCUGUCUGGCAGAAUCCUUUAACGUCUGAGACGGUGAAGCAGCUAGUCGCGGAGGGUAAUAAAGAAGAACUACAAAAAUGUUUCGGGGCCCGGAUGGAGUUUGGGACGGCUGGCCUUCGAGCGGCCAUGGGAGCAGGAAUUUCCCAGAUGAACGACUUGACCAUCAUUCAGACGACACAGGGAUUUUGCAGAUACCUGGAGCAGCACGUCAGACACCUGAAGCAGAGGGGCGUCGUGAUCAGCUACGAUGCUCGGGCCCACCCGCCAAGUGGAGGCAGCAGUAAGAGGUUUGCCCAGCUUGCUGCAACCACGUUUGUCAGUCAGGGGAUACCUGUGUACCUCUUUUCCAGCAUCACUCCAACACCCUUCGUGCCGUACGCCGUGUCCCACCUGAGCCUUUGCGCUGGGAUCAUGAUAACCGCGUCUCACAAUCCAAAGCAGGAUAAUGGCUAUAAGGUCUACUGGGAGAAUGGAGCCCAGAUCAUCUCGCCUCACGAUAAAGGGAUUUCUCAAGCUAUUGAAGAAAACUUGGAGCCCUGGCCCCAAGCGUGGGAUGUUUCUUUAAUCGACAGCAGCCCGCUUCUGCACGACCCCAGUACUGCCAUCAACAAAGGCUACUUUGAAGACCUCCAGAAAUACUGUUUCCACAGGCAUGUGAACAGGGAGACCAAGGUCAAGUUCGUGCAUACCUCUGUCCAUGGCGUGGGCCACGACUUCGUGCAGUCGGCCUUCCGAGCCUUUGACUUAAGGCCCCCCGAGGCUGUUCCUGAGCAGAAAACGUUAUCUUUUCAACUGGCUGACAAAACCCAGGCCCAGGUCAUCUUGGCAAACGACCCGGAUGCUGAUCGACUUGCCGUGGCAGAAAAACAAGCCAGUGGUGAAUGGAAAGUGUUUUCCGGCAAUGAGUUGGGUGCCCUGCUGGGCUGGUGGCUCUUUACCUCUUGGAGAGAGAAGAACCAAGAUCGCAGUGCCCUCAAAGACACCUACAUGCUGUCCAGCACCGUCUCCUCCAAAAUCCUCCGGGCCAUCGCCUUGAAGGAGGGCUUUCAUUUCGAGGAAACCCUAACUGGCUUUAAGUGGAUGGGAAACCGAGCCAAGCAGCUGAUAGACCAGGGGAAGAAUGUUCUCUUUGCAUUCGAGGAAGCCAUCGGGUACAUGUGCUGCCCAUUUGUUCUGGACAAAGAUGGAGUCAGUGCUGCCGUCAUCAGCGCGGAGUUAGCUAGCUUCCUCGCAACCAAGGAGCUGUCUCUGUCUCAGCAGCUGAAGGCUGUCUAUGAGGAGUAUGGCUACCAUAUGACCAAAGCGUCCUACUUCAUCUGUCAUGACCCAGGCACUAUCAAAAAGUUAUUCGAGAACCUGCGAAACUAUGACGGGAAAAAUAACUAUCCAAAAGCUUGCGGCAAGUUUGGCGUUUCAGGCAUCAGAGACCUUACCACUGGCUAUGACGAUAGCCAGCCCGACCGCAAAGCUGUCCUCCCCACUAGUAAAAGCAGCCAAAUGAUCACCUUUACCUUUGCCAACGGAGGUGUGGCCACCAUGCGGACCAGCGGGACAGAACCCAAAAUAAAAUACUACGCAGAGCUCUGUGCCCUACCUGGAAACAGUGAUCCUGAGCAGCUGAAGAAGGAACUGAAUGAACUGGUCAGUGCUAUUGAAGAGCAUUUUUUCCAGCCGCAAAAGUAUGACCUGCAGCCAAAGGCCGAGUGAAAUAUCCCUGCCUGGGGCGUAAUUAAACCGAACAUUUUGCUGACCUUGA